AUGAAAGUAUACUCCAUCCUUAUACUCAACAAAGCCGGUGGCCUAAUCUACCAAAAUGAACUACAACCUGGGCUCUCCAAACUCACGGCAAAUGAUUAUCUCGUUCUAGCGGGGACGCUUCACGGUGUUCAUGCUAUAGGUUCGAAACUUGCACCAACAAUAUCAACGACAUCGAAAUCAGAAGCAGCUUCACAAAAUGCUCAAAUAUUAUCUACGGGUAAACAGAUGAGUUCGAAUACCAAUCGCACGGGGUUGAAAAGCGUCGAGACUGAUUUAUUCAACUUGUACAUAUUUCAAACUGUUAGCGGGCUAAAAUUUGUAUUGAUAACAAUGCCAAACUUGGAUCCAAUUGAAGUGCAGCGAACUGAGGAUUUGUUUAGAUAUCUAUACGUGGCAUAUUCUGAUUACGCUAUGAAGAAUCCGUUUUAUUCAAUGGAUAUGCCUAUAAAGAGCUCAUUGUUUGAUACGAAAGUGAAGGAAAUAUUGCUAUAA